AAGAAAUUGCCUUGACUGUUGACCAAUGACCAGUCAUCGGCAUUGGCGGGCGCACAUACCCAGAUUAGUGGCCAGAAAGCGCUUGUUUAAUUUUCUCCGGUUUUGCCUGGCAAAAAAUCAGAGUAGCUUAAUAAUGUAUAAAGUUCCGUAUAACGUACAUAUAAAGUACUGUUUAGCAAUCUGCUACAGACACAACUCUGUCACAACAGUACCGUUUAGCAAUCUGCUACAGACACAACUCUGUCACAACAGUACCGUUUAGCAAUCUGCUACAGACACAACUCUGUCACAACAGUACCGUUUAGCAAUCUGCUACAGACACAACUCUGUCACAACAGUACCGUUUAGCAAUCUGCUACAGACACAACUCUGUCACAACAGUACCGUUUAGCAAUCUGCUACAGACACAACUCUGUCACAACAGUACCGUUUAGCAAUCUGCUACAGACACAACUCUGUCACAACAGUAGGCUUCCUGGUGAUGUCACUCAUCAUCGUCAUAUUUCAGAUAGUCCUAGUUCGGAGGGUAAUAAUGGUUUAACUGGUAACAUGGAUCAACGUGUGACAUAUUCUGGGAAGUUAAAGGAAAAUUCCAACCAAAAAAACAAUAUUUUGAUAUUUGAUUCAUUAGUUCAUUGCUGACAAGCAAAACAUUUUGGGACUGUCACCAAUCCAGUUUUCAAGAUACGUAACUUUCAAAAUGUCAGCUCAAAACGCAGGUGUAAAACGCAGUUUAUUUCUGUAUCUUGUCAUUUGAAAACGCAUCACCAUUUAUGGCUGUAAUGACAGGCUACAUUUGCGCAGUGAUUGUGUCGGGGUCGCCUGUUUGAAAACCGCUGAGCUCGCGAACAGAUGGAUAAUUUGCUGUACAGCUAUAGAAAUGGGUGCAGCGCAAACGUGAAGUUGAAGGGAGAGGUGACUGCCAUAGAUGAAUAUGGAGACUCCAGAAAUGGUUUGGUGAUGAAGGGAGAGGUGACUGCCAUAGAUGAAUAUGGAGACUCCAGAAAUGGUUUGGUGAUGAAGGGAGAGGUGACUGCCAUAGAUGAAUAUGGAGACUCCAGAAAUGGUUUGGUGAUGAAGGGAGAGGUGACUGCCAUCAAUGAAUAUGGAGACUCCAGAAAUGGUUUGGUGAUGAAGGGCGAGGUGACUGCCAUAGAUGAAUAUGGAGACUCCAGAAAUGGUUUGGUGAUGAAGGGAGAGGUGACUGCCAUAGAUGAAUAUGGAGACUCCAGAAAUGGUUUGGUGAUGAAGGGAGAGGUGACUGCCAUAGAUGAAUAUGGAGACUCCAGAAAUGGUUUGGUGAUGAAGGGAGAGGUGACUGCCAUAGAUGAAUAUGGAGACUCCAGAAAUGGUUUGGUGAUGAAGGGAGAGGUGACUGCCAUAGAUGAAUAUGGAGACUCCAGAAAUGGUUUGGUGAUGAAGGGAGAGGUGACUGCCAUAGAUGAAUAUGGAGACUCCAGAAAUGGUUUGGUGAUGAAGGGAGAGGUGACUGCCAUAGAUGAAUAUGGAGACUCCAGAAAUGGUUUGGUGAUGAAGGGAGAGGUGACUGCCAAAAAUGAAUAUGGAGACUCCAGAAAUGUUUUGGUGAUGAAGUAUAUGAACCGUUUACGUUGCUCCCCAGCAAUGGGGCAUCAAGCAUCACUUGCUAACACAGGACUAUUGGUGUUUUUCUAUGUCGAAAUUACUUUAAAUGUAUCAUUGACUUUAAAUGUAUCAUUGACUUUAAAUGUAUCAUACCCGGACCAUGUGACCCGAGACCCGGACCAUGUGACCCGAGACCCGGACCAUGUGACCCGAGACCCGGACCAUGUGACCCGAGACCCGGACCAUGUGACCCGAGACCCGGACCAUGUGACCCGAGACCCGGAGCAUGUGACCCGAGACCCGGAGCAUGUGACCCGAGACCCGGACCAUGUGACCCGAGACCCGGACCAUGUGACCCGAGACCCGGACCAUGUGACCCGAGACCCGGACCAUGUGACCCGAGACCCGGACCAUGUGACCCGAGACCCGGACCAUGUGACCCCGAGACCCGGACCAUGUGACCCGAGACCCGGACCAUGUGACCCGAGACCCGGACCAUGUGACCCGAGACCCGGACCAUGUGACCCGAGACCCGGACCAUGUGACCUGAGACCCGGACCAUGUGACCUGAGACCCGGACCAUGUGACCUGAGACCCAGACCAUGUGACUUGAGAUUUACUUGUGACUCGAAUAACAGUGACUUGGUCCCACCUCUGGCCUCUGAGCAUUUGUCUGUUAAGGCCUCUGAGUAUGUGUCUGUUAAGGCCUCUGAGUAUGUGUCUGUUAAGGCCUCUGAGCAUGCCUCUGAGCAUGUGUCUGUUAAGGCCUCUGAGUAUGUGUCUGUUAAGGCCUCUGAGCAUGUGUCUGUUAAGGCCUCUGAGCAUGUGUCUGUUAAGGCCUCUGAGUAUGUGUCUGCCUCUGAGUAUGUGUCUGUUAAGGCCUCUGAGCAUGUGUCUGUUAGGCCUCUGAGCCUCUGA